AUGGAGCACUCAUUCCCCCCUCUCCAAAAUGACCUGAUCCUGCGGGUCGCGCGAGGCGAGAAAGUCGAACGGCCGCCCAUUUGGGUGAUGCGGCAGGCCGGCCGGUAUCUCCCCGAAUACCAUGAAGCCAAAGGAGGCCGUGACUUUUUCGAAUGUUGUCGGGACCCGGAGGUUGCUUCCACCCUAACCCUGCAACCCAUCGAACGCUUCGCUGGGCUGCUUGAUGCCUCCAUCAUCUUCUCCGACAUCCUAGUAAUCCCACAGGCUAUGGGAAUGGUGGUUGAGAUGGUCGACAAGAAGGGACCUCACUUCCCGAACCCCCUGCAGAACCCGGAUGACGGACAGUACGCCGAGGUGCUGAAGCGUGAUGUCGACGUCGCACGUGAACUCGACUACGUCUACAAGGCCAUCACCUUGACUAGGAAGAAGUUGCAGGGGAGGGUGCCAUUGUUUGGCUUUUGUGGUGCUCCUUGGACUCUGUUCUGUUACAUGGUGGAAGGCGGCGGUUCCAAGAUUUUCAAGGAGACCAAGACCUGGAUUUACAAGUAUCCCGAGGAGACUAAGGCGCUUUUGCAGAAGAUCUCUGAGCUUUGCGUUGAGUAUCUUGCUCUCCAGGUCAAGGCUGGAGCUCAGCUGAUCCAAGUGUUCGACUCAUGGGCGGGCGAGCUGUCGCCAUCAUCAUUCAAGAAGUUCUCACAGCCUUACCUUGAAUACAUCGCCAAGAACUUGCCUCUCAGACUCAAGGAGAUGGGACUCGAGCCCGUCCCGAUGGUUGUUUUCCCCAAGGGAGCAUGGUACGCUCUCGAUGCUGCCUGUGAUAUGGGCUAUGAUAUUGUUGGCCUCGACUGGCUGCACGACCCGGCGGAGGCUGUUAAGACUGUCGGUGACCGCCCCGUGGUCCUCCAGGGUAAUGCGGACCCGGGCGUUCUGUACGGUUCGCAUGCCGCCAUCACAGAGCUUGUGCAAGAAAUGGUCAAGGGGUUCGAUUGGGCGAACCGGAAGAAGGGUUGGAUUGUCAACCUCGGACAUGGAAUUACGCCCUUCGUUAACCCGGACGAUCUGAAAUUCUUCUUUCAAGAGAUCCACCGUCUGACCAGGACUGGUACCCAAUAG